AUGGGACCAAGAAGAUCACAUCGGAAGUCACGAAAUGGCUGCCCACAAUAUCGCGCAACUUCAACUCCAGCUGGAACUCCAGCUGGAACUCCAGCUGCGCGUUCAGAGCUAUUGACCCCAUCUUAUAUGCCUUCACCAUCAGGCCUGUCGUCAUAUCCAGCAACGCCGGCCGAGAACUCAGAGGCACUAGAACGAGCAGAUCCCAGACCAGAAACUAGAUCCGGUCUACUGCAAUUUCUAACCGACUCAUCAGAUGAAACCUCGGUCUUGAAUACAGAUGACUGGGUAUCGGAUCUUGAACUCAUGCAUCACUACUGCACCGUGACAUGCAACACCCUCUCAAUCCGCGAAGACUCACGCCAUGUAUGGCGCGUCGUCAUGCCAAUUGAAGGAUACUCAAACAAGUACUUGAUGCACGGGAUCCUGGCCUUGGCCGCCCUGCACCGUGCAUGGCUUUAUCCAACGCAAAGAGAAAGGCACACCAAGGCUUCUGCUUACCACCAGGCAGCUGGAUUGAAGGAGUUUCGGGAGCUUAUUUCCUCCCCAAUUGACCCGAGCAACUGGCAGCCCGUAUUUUGCUUUGCUUCUAUGAUCUCGAUAUACGUUUGUGCUUCACCAAUCCGGUUGGGCGAGGAUCGCUGGCCCGCUCCGAUAUCGAACAUGGUUGAGUUGUUUUCUGCUGUGAAGGGAUUGCAGACUAUCAUGAAGCCGUGGAUGCACUCUCUUCAAAGGACGCAGCUUGCUCCGCUAGUGAACAGCGUUUGGCUUGAGAAUGAGAUGCUCAUUGCAAGUCCGGCAACUAUGAAACAAUCACUUCUUCCUCCUGAUAUCGAGCUGCAGAUAGCUCGUCUUCACAGGUUUAUUGACGAUUAUCCGCUUCCUCAUGUACAGCCACACUCUCAUCAGGACCUGAGUGACGCUGAUGAAGCACCGCCCGCCUUCGAUUAUCGCGAAGACUACAAACGCUCUAUCAAGUGUCUUGAAAAUUCGAUUCGUCAAAUACAGCUUGCGGGGCCUCAUGUAGAGGUCGGCAUGGUUUUCAUGUGGGCGUACUCCGCUUCCAAACAGUUUCAAGAUAGUCUGGAAACAUACCAUCCUGCUGCUCUUGUUCUUCUGGGUCACUGGUGUGUGCUAUUGCACAUCGUUGACGAUGCCUGGUUCAUUAAAGAUACUUCGCGUCAAUUGUUGCGUGAAAUUGACAACAAGAUAUAUCCCAGCUUUAGAGAGUGGUUGAUGUGGCCAAAGAGAUGGGUCUUUGGGAAGUGA